CACGCUCCACACCUAGCUACGACGGCAGAGGUAGAAAUGGGGGGCUGGGCUAUAGCCGUGCACGGUGGCGCUGGUGUCGACCCUAAUCUCCCAGCCCACCGUCAAGAACAAGCCAAGCAACUUCUCACUCGCUGUCUCCAACUCGGCGUCUCUGCUCUAAAUUCCAAUCUUCCCGCCAUCGAUGUCGUUGAACUUGUUGUGAGAGAACUGGAAACGGAUCCACUGUUCAACUCGGGGCGCGGAUCUGCGCUGACAGAAAAAGGGACAGUGGAAAUGGAGGCCAGCAUCAUGGACGGUACAAAAAGAAGAUGCGGUGCAGUGUCGGGCGUUACCACCGUCAAGAACCCGAUAUCGCUGGCCCGCCUGGUCAUGGACAAAUCCCCUCAUUCCUACCUCGCCUUCUCCGGCGCUGAAGAAUUUGCCAGGCAGCAGGGUGUGGAAACAGUCGACAACGAGUACUUCAUCACUCCUGAAAACGUUGGCAUGCUCAAGCUGGCAAAGGAAGCGAAUGCUAUUCUGUUUGAUUACAGGAUCCCAUCGGCUGGCAACGAAACGUGUGGUGCGGGGGUAGAGAGUCCACUGCAAAUGAACGGACUGCCCAUCAGCAUAUACGCGCCGGAGACGGUGGGGUGCGUGGUGGUGGACGGACAGGGACGCUGUGCGGCGGGGACGUCGACGGGAGGGUUGAUGAACAAAAUGACAGGACGGAUCGGGGACUCGCCGUUGAUCGGUGCCGGGACAUACGCGGGCGAGGUGUGCGGCGUGUCGUGCACGGGAGAGGGGGAGGCCAUUAUAAGAGGGACACUGGCGCGUGAGGUGGCGGCGGUGAUGGAAUACAGAGGACUGAAACUUCAGGAAGCAGUUGACUUCGUGAUAAAGGAAAGGCUGGACGAAGGGAUGGCGGGUCUGAUUGCCGUGUCCAAGAGCGGCGAAGUUGCGUACGGCUUCAAUUGUAAUGGCAUGUUCAGGGGCUGCGCCACCCAGGAUGGCUUCAUGGAAGUAGGAAUCUGGGAAUAGAGAUUUAUGUGCUGCAUCUGUCACUAUGAUUCUAAUAUUAUUCCUCUUUGCGUUAAUUUGCUCUCUGCUGGUCUUAUAUCUUUCAUUGUUCCAAGCAGGGUCCUUCGGUUAGCUUUUUGUUCUCUGUAACGCAACAAUCUAAUGUUAAAUAACAGCUGUUUAAUUCUUUUCCUCACAAUA